AUGACAGGAGGAGACGUGGCUCCCUUGGGGCCGCAGGCAGUGACCAAGAUCCACCAGAUGUUUGACUUGACUGGGGCUGGACUAUGCGCUAAUGACAGGAGGAGACGUUGCUCCCUUGGGGCCGCAAGCCGUGACCUCCACCAUAUGUUAGAUCAGUGUGCAUUGCUCUCUGUGUGCUCUCUGUGUGCUCUCUGUGUGCUCUCUGAUCCUCCUUCCCCAUCUCACCCUCUUGUCUUUCAGGGACUCGACUAUGCGUUAAUGACAGGAGGAGACGUGGCCCCUCUAGGGCCGCAAGCCGUGACGAAGAUCCACCAGAUGUUUGACUGGGCGGCGCACACCAAGCGCGGGCUGCUACUGUUCAUUGACGAGGCGGACGCCUUUCUGUGCGAGCGCAACAAGAUCACAAUGAGUGAGGCGCAGCGCUCCGCCCUCAACGCCAUGCUCUUCCGCACGGGUGACCAAUCGCGCGACAUCGUGCUUGUACUCGCUACAAACAGACCCGAGGAUCUGGAUAGCGCAGUCACCGACCGAAUCGACGAAAUGAUGGAGUUCCCUCUCCCGAGGGAGGAGGAGCGGUUCCGCCUGCUCCAGCUGUACCUCCACCGCUACGUGACAAACUCGCAGGACGGCAGGAAGUGGUGGAAGCGGGGCGGCGGCGGGAUUGCCGCAGCGUUCCGAAAACAGGAGAAGAUUGAGGUGAAGGGGAUUUCGGAGGAUGUGUUAAGGGAUGCUGCGAGGAAGAUGGAGGGGUUUUCGGGGCGCGAGAUUGCCAAGUUUAUGGCGAGUGUGAGGGGGGCGGUGUAUGGGAGCAAGGAGAGCGUGUUGGAUGCGCAGUUGUUUCUAGAAGUGGUGGAUUAUAAGGUCGCUGAGCAUCAGCAGAGGCGGGAUCUGGUGGCAGGGAAGGGCUGGGAAGCACCGGGGGAGGAGGGGGGUGUUGCAGGUGAGAAGAAGGCAGAAUAG